AUGCGUCUCAUCAACGUCCAUACCCUUGAAUUAGAAGAGUUUUGGGGGAGAGAGCCUCCCGCCUAUGCCAUUCUUUCCCACACAUGGGGAAGUAAAGAGGUCUCAUUUCAAGAAUGGAAAGAUAGGGCGUCAAUUUCUCAUAAAGCUGGGUACCGAAAAAUUCGCGAUGUAGCCCAGCUAACAGAGUCAUUCGACAUCGACUAUUGCUGGGUCGAUACGAACUGCAUCGACAAAUCGAGCAGUGCUGAGCUCUCGGAAGCUAUCAACUGUAUGUUUGCCUGGUAUAGUAAGGCUUUGUGCUGCUUCGUCCACCUUGACGAUGUCGCAUCAGUUGAUGAGAGAAAUUCGAAAAGAUUGAAAAGGCGAUCUGGUGGCUAUGCUUUCGAGGCCUUGCAGGAUUCAAGAUGGUUUACCAGAGGCUGGACCUUGCAAGAACUCACAGCCCCGGCUGAACCACAAAACGGUAAAAAUCGCCUGCUGACUCAGCACCCCCGAACGGUGCCCCGCAGUCCGCAAACCGUUUCCUGUCAGGUGCGGACUCUCCUGAGAGCAGCAUCAUGUCCGCAUGCACUCUGUCUUGGCUUGUUGCCUGCACCGCGUUGGUCGCCCGGCACCGGAAGAGGCUUUGGCCCUCGCGACGGCCGUGCGAUAUGA